AUGAGAAAUUUGGAGACGGACCAGUUUGCUGCAAAUGCAAAAGUCCAAAUCCGGCCUAUGACAAGAACGGGGCUUCUAAGCAUUGUAAUCUCUGCCUAUGACCCGCUGGGAUUCAUCUGUCCUUUCACCAUCAAGGCAAAGAUCUUCCAGAACGAGUGCAGAAGACAAGAAAAUUGGAACAUACCUCUUCUUGACCACAACCUAGUCUUGUGGCAGUGUUGGUUGUCGGACCUAAAACUAUUGCAGGACUUCCAGAUUCCACGCUGUUAUACACAAGUUGGUCUGAGCCGCACUGCUUCUGCUCAGUUGCAUCACUUCUGCGACGCUUCACAAUCAGCUUAUGCAGUCAUCACCUACCUGAAGACUGUAGACCGGGAAGGAAGAAUUGACUCUUCCUUUGUGUGUGGCAGAGCCCGACUAGCAACUUUAAAGCAACAAACCAUACCACGGCUAGAACUUUGUGCCGCGGUACUGGCAGCACAUGCUGACACAACAGUGCGACAUGAACUCUGUGUACCACUAGCGGAUUCUGUGUUUUGGACGGAUAGUAUGAUUGUGUUGAAGUAUAUUGGUAACACUGGGAAACGCUUCCACACCUUUGUUGCAAAUAGAGUGUCGGCUAUAAGAGAAGUCACGGACAUGAGGCAAUGGAGACAUGUCAGCUCAGAGCAGAACCCGGCAGAUUAUGCAACACGAGGAGUAACCGCUUCUCAGAUGCUGGAGGAUUGUCGUUGGACCCAUGUUCAAGGUUUAUAA